UCACCCUCCCCAAGGCCCUCUUCCUCCCAGCCUCCUCCUCUCCCCCCACCCCCUCCAGACGCUCCAUGCAGUCCCCCUCCUCCUAUCGCCUGCCCCACCCGCUGCCCCCUCUGCCCGUGCGGAAGGGGGUCCGGGGCCGGCGCCCCAAACUGCAGACCAUCGCCCUGCUCAAGGCAGCGGCGGAGGCAGCAGCAGAGGCUGCUCUGAAUGGUACGCCACAGGUCUCCGGCUCCCAGCUAGCACCCAGACCCCAUAAGAAGAGGGGGCCUAAGCCCGGGAGCAAGAGGAAGCCACGUGUGCUACCCUCCUCGGGGACAGGCUCUGUAUAUACUACAGCCUCUGAGACCAGGCUGAUCAACCUUCAUGGACCAAAGGACAACAGUCUCAGCUCCAGCCCUGGAGUGGUCUCCACAGUGUGUGUGUACGUGAACAAGCACGGCGCCUGCGGCCCACACCUGGACAGGAAGCAGUUGCAGCAGCUGCCGGACCACUUUGGGCCGGGUCCGGUCAACACUGUCCUACAGCAGGCUGUUCAGGCAUGUGUGGACUGUGCCUACCAGCCUACCUUCCUCUUCAGCUUCCUACAGUCCCAGUCCGACGGAGGAGAGAUCAUCAGAGUGCGCUCUGAUGGGGGGAUCCACUAUGUCAAGCUGCCUCAGGCCUCCUCUGCCUCCUUCGUGCUCAGGUUCAUGGAGACUCUGUGUCACCAGCUGCAGAGUGACAACCUGUUCUCCUCCCAACCCUUCAGCCCUGCAUUCAUGGCCUCCACUGGACACACAGCCUACGACAGGAGCACGUCAGUAAAAGAAGAGAUGUCAGAGGCCUUGUCCAUAGCCAGAGGCGCCGUAGGAAGGAGCAGGCGCUUCCAGAUGGACAGAGACAGGGACUGUAACCUUUACCCUGCCCCCCUGUCCUCCUCCAAACGGCUGCACAGCACAGAGGGACACCCCUCGGAAGAGCCACUUCCUCGCAGUGAGAACGGUUUGACUGAGGACCCUAUGGACACCUCCACCUCUCCCUCCAUGACCCCUCGCCCCCUGACACAACGCACCACCUCAGAGUACCGUGGCCAGGGGUCCAGCAGCCCCUACUACCCUGGGUCUGGCCCUGGUCACCCCCCACCACCACCCCUCAGGCGCCUGGCUCCCAACCCUCCCGACCUGGGGUCCAGAGGGCUACAGAGAAGAGUGGAAGGUAGGCCUUCUGCGAGCUCCACCACAGGUCCUGAGCACCUGGCAGCUGCAGACCGGGAGGCUGCAGCGGGGAACGGGGCCGGGAACGCCCCUUCCUCCUGGUCUGUGGAUGAGGUGAUGCAGUUCGUCCACGACGCCGACCCCCAAACACUCGGACCCCACGUGGAGCUCUUCAGAAAACACGAGAUCGACGGAAAGGCGCUGAUGCUUCUACGUAGUGACAUCAUCAUGAAGUACAUGGGUCUGAAGCUAGGCCCCGCCCUCAAGCUAUGUCACCACAUCGAGAGGCUCAAACAGACCAAACAGUAACACUUUCUCUCUCACACACACACACACAUACUAGAAUGGGAAGAUCAUCUUGGCUGUGAAACCCUAAGCACAAUGAGUCAUUAAUCAUUCCUUUGCAGAGACCCUCAUAGCUCAUCCUGUGAUGAAGAGCAUUCAGAGAAACAGUAUGGACGUCAGUAUGAACGUUAGUACAGAGAAACACUAUGAACCAACUUCACUCUACUAUUCUUUAGAAUAGACUCAGCUGAAUCCCAAAGGAUGAUGUUGAGUGUUUACCUACCUAUGCAUUGUCCAUGUAGACCUUCUGUCAACCCUUACCUACUUAGCCUGGUCCCAGAAGGUUCUGUAAAAAACAAACCGAUCUGAGACCAGGCUAGUGUCAGCCGUGGAGGCCUGGAGAUGCAAGGAGCCGUCUCCACACAACCCCCAAUGGCAUGUACUGCUUGUUGCACUAGCCUCUCAUUGCAAUAAGAUAUCAACCAUUCAGCUUCUAUAUGGAUACUGUGAUUUGAUUCUUUAAUAGUUUCAAUUUCAAAGGAUGUUGAUAAGGAGAAUGUACCAUGCUGUUAAGAUUCAUUGUUUGUUUUGGACACUGCAUUUGACCGUACUCCUUAGUGCAUUCAGGAUGUGACAUCACAGCAUCUGGACCCUGUGGAACACUGAUCCUUCUUUGGAUCGCCCAAUGGAACUUCUAACCAGGAUCUAUGAUUGUGAUUGGACAUUCACACAUUCCUCUGCUGCGUGUACAUUCUAGAAUACGUUGGACAAUGAAGACGGGAAGUUCCUGCUCAAGUCAAAGUCUUAUUGUAAAAGAAGAUGGUGGACUUAUGUUUGAAGAACCAGACAAAAAACUUGUGUUUUACAUAAAAAGCCAAAAAAGUAUGUUUUUUUUAUAUCUUGGAUUUUGUACUGUCUGUAAAAGGUAUUAUUAAUCUCUGCAUAUAUACAGGAAGGUUGUGUUGACUCCUGUCUGUAUUUUAACCCAAACAAUCUGGUAUUUGUAAUGGUAGCUACACCAUCAGACAAUACGCAAUACGUGUAUGGCCUUCAUCUCAUUUCAAAUCCUAGCCGUUAAAAGUAGAUAGUGGACAGUUGGUUGUCUGAAGGUUUCCAAGCACCAAAUGGACAGUUGAUAUGUAUUUAACGUUUCAUGUUCAGGAUAUCCAGCAUAUAUAGAUACAAGGCUAUAUAGCAGUCAGGCAACAGGCUAGGAUAUGGAGUGUUAGGGGGAUUUAACACACAAGCAAAAGAGAUGUGGAUGGGAUUCAUUUGUUUCACAACAACCUAUAAUGUGAUAUAAUAUGACUUAUUUUAGUAUUUAUCUUGUCGCUGUGGCAGAAGAAGUGAUCAAUUUCUUUUUUCUUUUUUUUUUUAGAAGUCAUAUAUUCAAAAUUAUCUUUUGUAGUUGCAUUUUUAUGUGAACGCUUUUAGUUUAAAUGAAGGGUAAAUUUCAAACGGCCUUGCUUUAUUGUGAUACUCAGGUUUUACUAGGCUUUUGUGUUUCAGGACAGAGUUCUUCAUAGUAGCAUUUGCUGUAAGUUCAUUUUCUGUUUGACAAUAUUUUACAUCAACUUUGUAUAUAUUUUUUAAGAUUCUACAUUUUCAUCUGUUGUUCCAUAGAAACAACACACAGUGUACAUAUACGGGAAAAACUACUUUUUCAAGUACCGGUACUGGAAAAUGGUUGUUUGUUAAAUAAUAUUUGCAUAUGUACUUUCACGCAAUUAAACCUUUUUUUUUCACCA